CGCCGCCAUGUUCCGCCGGGCCGCCGCCGCCCGGCUCCUGUAGCCGCCCCCGCCCGCCCCGCCGCGCCCCGCCAGCCGCCGGCGGAGGGGCGGACGAAGGCGCUGCCGCGCCCAGCAGCCGCCGCCGGAGCCCGGCAGCGCCCAGCGAUGUCCGCCAAGGAGGGGAGCAAGGUGCUGCUGCUGACGCCUCACGCCUCCAGCGAACGCGCCGUCAAGGCUGUCCCUUUUCCACCAACGCAUCGCUUGACAUCUGAGGAAGUGUUUGACACAGAUGGAAGACCAAGGGUUGACAUUUUGAAGAACCACUUGAUAAAGGAAGGUCGAGUGGAUGAAGAAAUUGCACUUAGAAUCAUCAAUGAGGGUGCUGCAAUAUUACGGAGGGAAAAAACUAUGAUAGAAGUUGAAGCUCCAAUCACAGUGUGUGGUGAUAUUCAUGGCCAGUUCUUUGAUCUAAUGAAGCUGUUUGAAGUGGGAGGAUCACCUGCUAACACAAGAUACCUCUUCCUCGGUGACUAUGUAGACAGAGGUUAUUUUAGUAUAGAGUGUGUGCUCUACUUAUGGGUCCUGAAAAUUCUUUACCCAAGCACAUUGUUUCUUUUGAGAGGCAACCAUGAAUGCAGACACCUAACAGAGUAUUUUACCUUUAAGCAAGAAUGUAAAAUAAAGUACUCUGAAAGAGUCUAUGAUGCUUGUAUGGAAGCUUUUGAUUGUCUCCCUCUUGCUGCUCUCUUAAAUCAACAAUUUCUUUGUGUUCAUGGUGGACUUUCACCAGAAAUUAAUACACUAGAUGACAUUAGGAGAUUAGAUAGAUUCAAAGAGCCUCCAGCAUUUGGACCAAUGUGUGACUUACUGUGGUCGGAUCCUUCAGAAGAUUUUGGAAAUGAAAAUUCACCAGAGCAUUUCAGUCAUAAUACAGUCAGAGGAUGCUCAUACUUUUAUAGCUAUCCAGCAGUUUGUGAAUUUUUGCAAAAUAAUAAUUUGUUGUCAAUCAUUAGAGCACAUGAAGCACAAGAUGCAGGUUACAGAAUGUACAGGAAAAGUCAAACUACAGGGUUCCCAUCUUUAAUAACAAUUUUUUCAGCACCUAAUUACCUGGAUGUCUACAAUAAUAAAGCUGCUGUAUUAAAAUAUGAAAACAAUGUGAUGAAUAUUCGUCAGUUCAAUUGUUCUCCUCAUCCUUACUGGCUACCAAAUUUUAUGGAUGUUUUCACAUGGUCUUUGCCAUUUGUUGGAGAAAAAGUAACAGAAAUGUUGGUGAAUGUUUUGAGCAUUUGCUCUGAUGAUGAGCUGAUGACAGAGGGAGAAGAUCAAUUUGACGUAGGUACAGCUGCCGCACGGAAAGAAAUAAUCAGAAACAAAAUUCGUGCAAUUGGCAAGAUGGCAAGGGUCUUCUCUGUUCUCAGGGAGGAGAGUGAAAGUGUGCUGACACUCAAGGGUUUGACUCCCACUGGAAUGUUACCUAGUGGAGUGUUGGCUGGAGGACGACAGACCCUGCAAAGUGGAAAAGAUUGAAAACAAAGACUCCACAGCCACUGUAGAGGCAAUUGAGGCUGAAAAAGCAAUACGAGGAUUCUCUCCGCAACAUAAAAUCUGCAGUUUUGAAGAAGCAAAAGGUUUGGAUAGGAUCAAUGAGAGAAUGCCACCAAGAAAAGAUGCUCUUCAGCAAGAUGGUAUUAAUACUAUAAACACAGCAAAUGCCAAUGGAAACAAUGGAACUGGCAACAACAAUGCACAGUGACCACAUCACCUUCUGGUUUACUCACUCAUGUCCUGCCUGAGAAUUCCUAGAUAACUGCUUUUUGAUGUGACAACAAAUGAAAUAGGGGGAUCACUUAAAGUGACUACUUAACACGAGAUGGAAAACCAUCUGACUUGAUCCCACUGAAGAGAGACCAUCAUGCUUUUGAGACAACAGCCCCUCUCUUACACGGUGACCCAACCUCCUGGGAGUGUGUGCCUCACCCUUUCACACAAAGUCCAUCACUGGCUGCUGCAGCUUCAGAAGAGAUCUGGGGAAAGGAUCGGACUGUUCUCACUAAAGCACACCUAGACUAGCAUCUUAUGCUUAUGUUGUCAACACUUUUAAGUUUACAAAUGGGAUUUUUCUUUCAGUAGAGGUAGUUUGUUUGUUUGUUUGUUUUUUUAAAUCAGACUUUCAGAUACAACCCUAAGAGCUAACUAUUUAUUAAUGGACGUUGGUUUCAUGAUAUGUCUUUAAAAUUAUAGAUUAGAAUGGUCUUAAAAUAUCUGAGGCUGCAAAAACUGUAUUUUAAAUAACAGAAAAAAUGCCAAAACAUUUCAGUUGGUCAUUCUGUAAAAUGCUGACCUCAGGUUUACUCCUUUAGAUGUUGCUAAUUCUAUAUUGUAUUCCCUGUAUUUUUUAGUUACAGCUUAUCAGAAGAUUUCUAUGUAGGAAUGUUUAUUACUUGAACACAGAUUUAAAAAAAAAUAUUUAAUUUAGAAACUUUUUUGCCCAGCUUUUUCAAGACUUUUCCCCACCUUGAAUUAAAAAAAAAAAAUAUAUAUACUAAUUUUAAAAGUAAGAAAAAUAUGGAAGUGUUAAUUUUAAGGUACUUUUAAUUGAACUUUGUACAUUGUUUAAGUAAAUUUUGAUUCAUAUCAAGUCUGUAAAGCUUGGCAUUGUAUUUUGUGUAUGCAUGUUUUCAUUUUGCAAAUAUUUAAUAUAUAGACCUAUGAUGUACAUCUAUAGGUUACCUAGAUGUUAUGGGCACUUUUAGUUUAUUGUGAGUAUUACGGUUGCAUAAAUAGCUAAUAAUCACUGGGCUGAAUAGCUGCAAGCUUUUUAUUAUUUUUAAAUCUGUAAAGGAAACUGAACCUGUAUCAGACAUAUUUUUUGUUUAAGCAAAGCAGCGCGUAAGCAAUUGCUCUGUUCAACUGCUAAAGGCAUUAGUGAAAGUGUAAACUUGAGACUGCAUGUAUUUUGGUAUCUACAGGACUGCUUGGUUAAAAUAAAAAUUGAAGCCCUGUGCUAAUUUGUUCACAAAUAAUGGACUGUACUGAUUGCCAGUGUACUUUGUUAUAUAUUUUGACAUUUGAUACAUGUCCUUCUCAUCCCCUGGAACACAACUUGAAACUUAUGUCACUAGAGUUCAUCUUUUUUUUUUUUUUUUUUUUUUUUUUUUUUGUUUGUUUGUUUGCCAUAAACUACAAUCUGUACAUACCCCUAAGUUGGAAAUUUUAUGCAUGUUCCGAACUAUUCAAGUAUUUUAUAAACGGUAGCACACAAUAAAUUUUGUGCAUGGGCUGCGGCUCCUA